AUGGUCAUCCUCCGUCAUGUUCCGCUGCUGUUCGUAGCAAUAUGCGCAUCCCUCCCUUUCGUCGUCGCUGACGGCCAAUACCGCUCGCGGCCAGACCUCUCCCCCCCCAAGCUGAACAUCACCGUCGCCGCCCCCAACGCCAAUGGCAGCGAGUAUGUGUUCCUGGCCCCCUACGGCAGUGCCCUCCAGCAGCCCGGCGCCUACAUCUACCGCAAGAACGGCGACCUCGUCUGGUCGGGCAUCGGAUACUACGCGGGCUUCGUGGGCAACUUCCACCCGACCACGUACAACGGGGAGCCCGUGCUGCAGGCCUUCGAGGGGACCAUCGAUUCCUCCCACGGGGAGGGCUGGGGGUACCAGGUGCUCCUGAACGAGCACUACGAGCCCGUCGCCACGGCCAAAGCAGCGAACCACCGCGUGCCCUCCCUCCACGAGUUCAACGUCAUCGCCGGCAAGACCGCCCUGGUCGAGGUCUACACGCCCACCCCGUGGAACCUGUCGGCGUACGGCGGAAAUGCCUCGCAGCAGUGGAUCGGGGACGGCUACUUUCAAGAAUUCGACAUCGCAACCGGCGACCUCGUGUUCGAAUGGAACGCGCUGGACCACAUCAACCCCAAAGACAGCCUCAUCCACCUCGCCUCCUCCACCGCCAACACCGGCCUCACCUCCGCCACCAGCUGGGACUUCAUCCACAUCAACAGCGUCGACAAAUCCCCCACGCAGGGCCACUACCUCGUCUCCUCGCGACACCUCUCCACCAUCUUCAAGAUCAACGGCACCGACGGCCGCAUCAUCUGGCGCCUGGGCGGCUCGAACUCCACCUUCACCCCCUCCCCGCCCUUCUCCUUUGGCUUCCAGCACCACGCGCGCUGGCACUACCAGUCCCCAACCACGGAAAUCAUCUCCUUCUUCGACAACUCCAACGACGGCGCCGGGCAGGUGUACAACAACGUCUCCCGCGCGCUCGUCGUGGCCCUCGACCUCCCGACGCAAAAGGCCACGGUGGUACGCACAGCCACCGCCCCGUACGGCAUCUCCGCGGCCUCGCAGGGGAACGCGCAGCUGCUGGCCGAUGGGCGCAUCUUCGUCAACUGGGGAGCUGCGGGCGCGGUGACCGAGUUUGACGCCGCGGAUCGCGUCGCGUAUCAUGCGUGGAUCGAGGGGGAGGCCUCGAUGAGUUAUCGCGGGUUUGUGGGGAAUUGGACCGGCAGACCCAAAGAGGAGCCGGCGAUUGUCGCGUAUUAUCAGAGUGCGGGUAGCCGGCUCCGGGUGUAUGUUUCGUGGAAUGGAGACACCGAGACGGUGGGGUGGCGGUUUUAUGCGCUCGGUAGUUCUGGGAACAAUGGGUCGGACACGCGGAGUUUGGGCGCCGUGGAAAGGAGCUCGUUUGAGACGGUUUUGGUGGACUGGGUCGCGCUGGUCUGA